AUGUUAACAAGUGUACUUAUCCUAGUUUUUUCAUUCGUGUCCAUUAUAUCCGGGUGCGGAAUAACCACACAUAUUGAAGUAUCACAUCGCGCACAAGAUCUUUGGCUACAUCAGUCUGUCUAUCGGAAUUAUGUUUUACAACAUCAAGACGCUCUACAAGGCGGUUCGCCUUAUCCUGAUGUUAUGUACGAUAGUGUUUGUUACCGUGGAACUUUACAUCAAAUUGCUGAAGACACACAUUGGUACCCGUUCAUGAAAAUUGCUAUUGAGUAUAUGCGUGAGCGUUAUCCUCCACCAUUACAGGCAGAUAAUAUUCAAGGUCAGAAAUUCCUAGCUUUUCUUCUCGGCACAGCAUCACAUCAAAUAGCCGAUGCUGUGUGGCACGGAAAGUUAACUGGUUGUCCGAAUGGAUUUAUCGAUGCUACUGCUUGGGAAAGUUACAAUGAUGAUGAAGACAAAGCGCACUCUAGUGAUGAUCCUGGUGGUGACAGUGUUAUUGAUUAUGAAUUACCUAUUGCUUAUAUCGGUUUAACUAACAAAUGGUAUAUUCCCAGUCAGGAACUGGAAGAGAUUUAUAAGCGUUACGCUGUUGCUUAUGAUUCACCUUUGGAAAACAAUGCAACCGCCGAACGGGUUCAAAUAUGUUCCGAUUUCAUGUUCAUCGGGCGAUUUGCUGACGCACUUUUUCUCGGUCUUGAAUAUCCAAAAUACGCACAUAAUAAUUCAUUUAUAUUAGACAGCCUCUAUGAAUAUUACCAUGGAGGUUUGAUGAAUAUGGCUCAUCGAUCAGUUCGUUAUUGGGAUCAGAUUAUCGCUAUGUAUGAAAAUGGCACUGAUAUAUGCCAUGUAUCAACAAAUAAUCCGUACUAUUUGAACUGCACGAUUCCACAUUCGAAUAAACCUUCUUUAGAAGAGCAGCAAUCGAUUACAUACGUUCGUUCGAAAACUGCGAAGUAUCUUCCAUGGUCAGGUGAAUCUCAAACAUCAUUUCCCACGUUACAGUAUACAGAAAUUUCAACCGGUGUGAUAUCUAAUCAAAGUUACGCAUCGUUUGGCCACAAGGCCAUCUUCGGUGAUUUCAAUGGUGAUGGAUUAAGCGACUUGAUCGUAUCCGCACCUGAUUAUUACAAUUUAGGCUGUUCACAAGGUGGUCGGAUUUUUAUCAUUUACGGAAAGAAAGAUCAAAAGCCAGUGCCCGAACGAAAGAUUAGCAUAAUCGAGCAAAUUGCUGAUCAAACAUUAAUCUCACCUGACUGUGAUGGCGAUCGAUUUGGAACCAGUUUAGCUUCGUUGGAUUGGAAUAACGAUGGAUUCAAUGACCUCGUCGUCAGUAGUCCAUCGCAUGGAUAUGGUUAUCGUGGUGCUGUCUUUGUUUUUGCUGGUAGUAAAGAUGGUCUUCAAAGCAAACCGUUCAUUCGUAUCGAUGGUGUCAAUGAACACGAUUCAAUCGGAUUUGACCUGCACACAGCAGAUUUAGAUAACGAUACUCGGCUAGAUUUGAUCAUCAGCAGUCCUUACGCACAACCCAACGGUUAUGAUCAACCACAACAAGGUGCUGUAUGGAUUUUUCUCAGUUCACAAUUUAGUAAACAGAAACAAUUUAGUGUCAAUAAUGCAUCUUAUACGAUUUUCGGGGAAUCUGCUAAAUCAAAGUUCGGCCAUUCCUUACAACUAAUUCCUUCAUCAUGUACCGGUAAUUUAACAACAUCUCCAGUUCUUCUUAUCAGUGCACCAGCUAAUCAAGGAAAACUGUAUGUUUAUGCUUUCACACCUCGACCACGCCUUCUAAUGACAAUACAAGGUACACAAGUUCAUGCACAUUUCGGACAAGCUUUUGCUAUUCGUAACGAUAAAUGCUGGUUAGCUGUUGGUUCACCUAUUCAAUUACAAGAUUGGUAUGGUAACAUAGAUAUUAUCUCAUUAGUUAGCUUAUUCAAUCAACCAAAAAUACAUUUCACCCGUGAUUCAAUGCCAAUCCUUGUUUCCAUUCGCGGAAGUCGAAUUUUCGAGCGACUUGGCACAAGUCUUCAAUGGACAUCAAAUGGCGAUCUAGCGGUAUCAGCUCCCUUGGGAAAACAUCAAGUUUUACCACUACAAUUCGAAAAAUCCGAAGGUUUCGUUUACAUCGUUCCUGCCAAGCAAAUUCCUGCUCAACCUGAUCCAACAAUCUAUUCGAUUGAUAAAAUCAGUUCCACAACCUAUGUUGCGCACAAUCGUUUGAACCGCUUUGGCACUCGUAUGCACACGCUCUCAUCCACAUCUGUUUCCUAUAUCGUUUUAUCAUCACCUUUAUCUUCAUUAUAUGAUAAUGUUCGUUUACCAGGAAUGUUAUAUUUUCAAGAAACAACACGAUAA